AUGAGCCGAGAAGAGCUCCCCAUUGCGGCAUUGCCGGGGCCACCAAUGUCCAAGGACCACACGGCUGCCACGAGACGAUCUGACGUUCCGCAGCGGCGCCGCCGACGGGCGAAGAUGGACAGCAACGGGUACGGCAGCGCUGUAGGCGUGAAUGCCGGACCUUGGUCGGGGGGGGGGGCAUCCGCCCGUCCUGACGAGUAG